CGUCACUUUUCGGCGCUGGCAGGAAGAGGCGCUAGGCGGCGCACGUGGGUAGCUGCGCGGCGGGCGGGUACAUGGCGGGUUCUGCAGGGCUGGCGCUGUGCGGGCAUGAGUUGGUGGUGCGGGGCGGCAGCCGGUUGCUGGCCACCUCCACUUCGAGCAGUGAUGAUGACAGCCUCUUCAUAUAUGAUUGCAGUGCUGCAGAAAAGGAGGCACAAGAGCAUAAAGGGGAGGACGGACAGCCCGUGGAUAAGGGGAGUGACACGGUUCUGGCGUCCACCUUCUCCACGUCCGGCAGCUAUUUCGCUUUAACUGAUGACAGUAAGCGUCUGAUUCUUUUCCGUACAAAACCAUGGCAAUGUCUGAGUGUCAGGCUCCGGACGCGCAGGCUCAGCGGCCAUGACUCACGGGCCCAGCCGCUCCGCGGCAUGUGGGAUCUUCCCGGACCGGGGCACGAACCCGCGUCCCCUGCAUCGGCAGGCGGCCUCUCAACCACUGUGCCACCAGGGAAGCCCUGGGCCACGGUUUUAACUUGGACUGUGGUGAGGAGGUGCACAGCCCUGACCUUCACGGCCUCUGAGGAGAAGGUUCUGGUAGCAGACAAGUCUGGGGACGUUUAUUCCUUUUCGGUGCUGGAGCCGCACGGGAGCGGCAAGCUUGAACUGGGACACCUGUCGAUGCUCCUGGAUGUGGCCGUGAGUCCCGACGACCGCUAUGUCCUCACUGCUGACCGGGACGAGAAAAUCCGGGUGAGCUGGGCUGCGGCUCCGCACAACAUCGAGUCCUUCUGCCUCGGGCACACCGAGUUUGUGAGCCGCAUCUUCGUGGUGCCCGACCACCCUGAGCUGCUCUUGUCCUCGUCCGGGGACCGCACCCUGAGACUCUGGCAGUACAGAAGCGGCCGCGAGUUGCAUUGUUGUCACCUGCCCAGCCUACAGGAGCCAACGGAGCCCUGGAGCAACAAGAGGUUCGCUGCGUCCAGGAUCACUUACUGGCGCCAGGAGGACUGCGUGGCGCUCCUGUUUGACGGGCUGCCCGUGGUCUGCCUCUUCCAGCUGGAUGUCCCCCGGCGGCAGCUGGUCUACCAGCAGCAGCUGACUUUCCAGCACAGAGUGUGGGACGCCGCCUUCGAGGAGGCCCGGGGGCUGUGGGUCCUGCAGGACUGCCGGGAGGCCCCCCUCGUGCUCUGCAGGCCUGUGGGCGGCCAGUGGCAGGUUUUCCGUUCGUCUUCUCAGUCUCUUCCUGAAAGUGCUGUGUCGAAGAGGGUCUGUGCUCACCUUCGCGAGAACUGGGCCAUGUUGGAAGGCUCUGCUGGCACGGACAGUGGCUUCAGCAGCCUCUACAAGGCCACCUGCGACAACAUGACCACUUACCUGAAGAAGAAGGAGGAACGGCUGCAGCAGCAGCUGGAGAAGAAGCGACGCAGGGGGCCACCGCGUGGGUCCAACGGGCAGACCAAGAAGAUGAAGGCGGGGCACGCACCACGGAGCUGCUCGUCCUAGCUCGGCUUGGAGUGCUCCUUGGGGGUGCUCGGCGCCUCGGGGCAGCGGGACGCUGUGCUCGCCCCUCCUGCUCGCAGCGUCCUGACGCAGGCAAAGGGGGGACCUCAUUCCCGACUCGGGCUGGGGGGCGGCGAGGUCCAUCCCGACUCAGCGGACACCUGGGGCCGUGCCAGGUAGCUGGACGCGGGACCCUGGGCUCUAGAACAUUCUGUUGCUGAGCAGAGCCCUCUGGCUGGAGGGAGGCCAUGCAGCGUGUGAGCCGCUAUGCCUGAGCAGUGAGUGCCUCCAAGCCCCUUCCCUUCACACUGGAGGGCACGUCACCCUGCAGCUGUGGCGCUGUCCUUUCCUGCUCGUCCACGCGGCUUCCUCUAGGGGAGCCUGGACGCGGACGGAUGUCUUUCCAGCAGUGCGGUGCACACCUGCGCUUUUCUCCAGUCCCCUCGCCCUCCUGGAUGGUCCACUACGCUGUCCAGCAGGCGGCUGCGCGCCGCGGGGGCCGUAAACCUGAGGGGAGUUAAGUCCUCGGUUCCCUGGGCAGCGCUGGCUCCGGUGCUCAGGCCCCUCGGGGUGCGGAGAGCUCCUCAGCGGCGCUGGUGGAGACGGGAGCUUGUCCGCGACGCGUGCGGACAGAGAAGCCCGGCUGCACGCUUACUCCGCAGGGAAGUGACGGGUGGUGAUGUGUAUGUUUGAUUUCGGUUUGCACUCUGUGCACGUGCUGCAGAGCAGGAGGGUCGGCUGAAUUCUAAUUACUGAUCAAUAAAGAUGAGCUUUUUUGCAGCUUCUAGAAAUUUUAGCAGCAGCACCUGGAGCUAAUCUCAGAAUAUAUUGAGUGGAACCAUUUGUGAUGAGUGCGCUGUUUCCGACCGAAACAUUUGCCUUUUGAUUUGAAGAAAAACAUUUCUUUGGUUUGGGGUUUCACAGGGUACUUGGACACAAAUCAUUUUGUGUAUCAGAAGCUGCAAGGCUUCAAACUUUUCCUAAGUGCCUUAUUUUACUUUAAACAUUGAUCUGAAAACAGUGCUGUUUGUGAACCGCCCGGGGUAACUUCCCACAAGGGACAUCAGGACCUCCCCAGACUGGGGGCUGUCUCGGGCAAAGGAGAGCAGAGGGGGUGUGCCUGGGAUGGAAUGGGGUCCCCAGGGCAGAGUGGGGUGCCCUGGCCAUGGUUCUGGAGGGGGAGCCUGACCUCGUGAGCACUGCAUCGGGCCCAGGAAGGGUUUUUGAUAAUAGUCUGCUCUGAGUUCUUGGUUUUAGGAGCAAUUUAGGUUUGUUCUUUUUGGUGUCUUUGUCUAAGAUAGGGGUCAGCAAACGGGCUCGCAGGCCACAUGCUGCCUGUUGACCAGUUUUGUGUGGUCUGUGAGCUAAGCGUAGUUUUUACAUUUUUAAAGAGUUGAAAAAAGUCAAAAGCAAAAGAUUUCGAGAUGAGUGUCCAUCACUAAAAUUUUACCGGACACGCCCACGCCUGCUUGAUUGGGGUGGUCGACGUCGGCUUUGGGGCUGCAGCCGCAGAGGGGGGUGGUUGCCUCGGAGACCGGAUGACCUGCCCAGUCUACAGCCUUGAUUUUCUGGUCCUCUACAGAGAGCCUUGCCAGUCCCUACCGCGCGCUCUCUCAAGUCUGUGCAGUGUUUUAGAGGAACUGGUUUCACCGCGCUCCACGUGGUCCCUGAGGGCAGCUAGGGGAGCAGCCUCUGGAACCCUGGUGUCCCAGCUCCGGGCGGCAGGGGUGGCGCUCAGGGGUGUGUGAGGCUGGCCUCUCGCACCUGAUGGGGAGGCUCAGACUUAACGACAGCGGCAGUGCCAGGCAGCCUGUCCGGGAGAGCAGAGCACAGGUGAGAGGGGCCAUGAACAUCUCCCGCCUUUCCGGGGGUUGCUUUAAAGUUACUUGCGUUCUGAUCGAAGCUACACACGCACGUGUCAGAGACCAGGCUAUACUGACGGGCUGACUGUGACUGUGGUCUGGUCUGCUGCUUCUCCCACACAGCCCCGCCCCACUUGGUGAUCCGUGCCUCCGUUCCCGGGGCUUCGGCCGCUAGAGGCCCGGCAGCAGGUGUGUGGGAGGGGGGAGGGAGGCAGCGGCCUUCUCUUCUGCUGCGGUGCCCGUUCCCAGGUGCCCGUUCCCGUGGGCUGCCUCCCUCUGGGACUGUCGCCUCCUGGGGGCCCUGGCUCCACCCAGCCCCAGGGGCAGACGUGGCUGCUUCUUGGUCCCGAAACCCCGUCCGCGUCUCUGGAACUAGCGUCUCCGUCAAAGGACCUUAACGAAUCUCAGGUGAGUGUGAGCUGAAUUCUCGCUGGAAGCCUGACUUAGGAGCCGUUCCUGCUCAUGUGCCCCCGGUUGUCCCGAAGUUUCUCCCGUGGUUGGCGGAACGCAGACCCGCGAGGAGCCAGCUGUUGGAUUUCCUGGGUUUUGGUCUUAUGUCUUCACCCGUAGCAGCAGCGUCCCUGCUUCCCUCCGUGGCUUUGCCUUGAGAAGGCCGGUCCAUCGUCCUCUGAGAGAAGAGCGGCUUCUUUGGGUUCGUCUGUUGAGCCGCGGGGGCGGAGGAGUUGAGCUGGCUUUCUUACCCCUUUACUCAUCUCCAUUUUCCGUCCUUUCUCAGUGUCCGUGUGUUUUGCGUUUGGGGAGAUUCCUUGGGCUUUGUUCCGGCUCAUUUACUGACUUUUUACAAACCUGGUCACCACAGUUGUGAAUUCGAAGUGGUUUUGUUCCUUCGUUUUCAUCCUAGUGUACGGCUGGCAAGUGUGCCCGGAAUGGGUAACAGUCCCAGCCAGAGCCGGGACGCUCAGCAACAGCAGAGUGGUCCCCAGGUUCCCUCCUGGCAGUUACCGCCGACCCCCCACCCCUACCCCCAGGCCAGGCCGACCCAACGCGCUGGUUCGCUGCCUCUCAUGCUGUUGUGUACGGCUGUGGUGGUCACUCUCACUGCUCCCUCGUGUGAAAACACCACAGCGCGCUCACCCCGCUGUCACGUGGGCAUUUGAGUAGUUCCCACUUCUGGGCUGCGGGGAGCGAGCUGGUCGCUGUCCUGGAACACGCGUAAGCGUUUCUCUCGGGAGGGCCCUUGCUGGCCCGAAGGCACUUGGACAGCGCCGCCCACCCUCGUUCAUUUCAACCCCUACCGGUACAUUCUCUUGCUCAGCCUUUGAGGUUUAACUUUGCAAAGGGGCAGACUUGGAGUUAUGGGCCGCUGUGUGUGGGCCAGUGAAGCAGCCCACUUCGUGUCGAGGCUUAACCUUGACCCUGUUCUCAGCAAAGGCGCCUUAACAAAGCGUGGAUCACCGCUCCGGGGGAAGCCGGCACACGGUCGUGGGGACAUUCAGGCCUGCCAAUAGAUCACCGUGGCAGGGAGCUGAGGCCUCCUGUCUUGGGAGAGCUUUCUUGUGUAAAUGUGGAGAGAAUGCUGUGGAUUUGUUUCCUGCAGCACUGAUUUGAGUUCUGUACGUGUUGCCAUGCAUUUUUCUUUCUAAUUUCCAUUGUGAUUUCUUUGCUGCAUGGGCUGUUUGGAAGUGUGGUUAAAUUCCCAAACGUUGGAUGUGUUUUCUUCAGAUUUUUAAAAUUGAUUUCUGGUUUUGAUUCCAUUGUGGUCUCGAUAUACUUUGAUUCCUUUCCUUUUAGAUUUAUUGAGCCUUGUUUUAUGCUCCAAUAUGGUGGUGGUUUCAUGUGCCCUUGAAGAGAACAUGUCCCAUCGUUGCUGGCUGGAGGAGUGUUCUGUAAAUGUCCAUCAGGUCAAGUUGGUGAUGCUGUUGGUUGUUAUCAGUUUCAGGAGCACAGCCAUCCUCCUGGUUUCUGUGUACCUCUCUUACGUACUGAAAGCAGUAGUUAAAUGUCUAAUUGUGGAACUAACUUUCCAUUGUUCUAGUGGUUUUUGAUUCUGAUAUCAGGUGCGUACACACGUAGGAGUAGUGUGUCAUCUUGAUGAACGAUGCCUUACCAUUCUGAAAUAUCGCUCUGUCCCUAGUCCUGUUCUUUGUCCUGAAGUGUAGGUUAUCCUGUGAAUGCAGCCACUCCAAGUAAAAAGUUAGUGUUAGCAUGGAAUUCCUUUUUUCAUCCCUUCUAAGCUAUGUAUGUGUUUAUAUUUAAAGUGGUUUCUUUUUGUUUUUUGUAGACAAUCUCUUCUUAUCCUCCAAAUUUUGGAUUUCAGUGGGAAUUCAGCUCAGCCACAUAUGUAAUUUAAAGUGUUCAGUAGUCACUUUGAAAAGUUUGAAAAAGAUAAAAUUUUGAGAAUAGUCUGUUUAACCAAAUACAGCAAAAAUAGUGUUUUAGCAUACAAUCUAUAUAAAAGUUAUUCAUGAGCUAUUUUACAUUCUAUUUUUAGUCUUAAUUGUCAGAAAUAUGGUGUCUACUGUACAUAAGGUUCCUCUUUCAGAAAGCCCUGGUAGCCUAGAUAAACAGACUGCGUGAAUGACCUUGCUUUGCCCUUCCCACAACCUAAUUCCCACUCUUAAGCCUCAAAGUAGCCAAUAAACAGUGAACCCUUGAAGCCCUAGGCACCCCAGCGUCGACCCCAGUAGAGGCAGUGCCACAGGCUCAUGAGUUUGCACGGGCCUCGCUGUGAGGCCCUCGGGCGUGCUGUGCCCUCUAGGACUGAGUAAUCAACCUCAUUUCUCAAAGUUCCCUGAUGGCUUUUGCUGAAGCGCGUCCUGCAACCGUAAGAACCAGACAGGCUGGUCCAGCCACAGCCUUGGCUGUGGUGGGGAAAACGUCCGGGGGCUCGCUCUAAGCAAUUCGGGUUGUGUGAAGCACACGUGCAGUUUUGUAAGGAAGCCCCGUACCGUUUUCCAGAGUGGGUGUGUCAUCUUACAUUCCUCUGGGUGAUACACGUUGACCCAGUUUCUCUGCAUCCUCACCAGCAUUUGGUGUCAUCACUGUUUUAUCUUAAGUGAGUUUUGAGAGUUCUUUAUUCAAGUCCUUUGCCAGAUAUGGUUUGCAGACGUCUUCUCCCAGGGCGCAAUUCCUUUUUUCAUCCUUUGAACACGGGCUCUUUUGCAAAGCAAACACGUGUGAUGUUGAUGGGCUCCAGUUCAUCAGUUUUUUCCUUUGACGGAUGGUGCCUUUGGUGUCGAGAACCCUUUUCCUAGCCCUAGCCUCUCAGGAUUUCCUCCUGUGAUACUUCUGGAUGUCUCAUGUUUCCCGUUUUACAUUUAAGUCUGUGAUCCAUCAUGAGUUAAUUUGUAUGUAAGAUGUGAGGUUCUGUUCUUUGACUGUGGACGUCUGCCUGCCCUGGUGCCACUUGUUGGAAAGGCUGUCUGUCCUCUGUUGAAUUGCCGCUGUGGCCUUCAUUGUGGAAGGAUAUUUUCACUGGAUGUAGUUCUUUAAUUUUCGUUUCUUUGGAGAUGUUCCUGCUCUGUCUCGGGGCCGCCCUAGUCUCCCCAGUGUCUGUUUUCCUCUGUGCUGGUGGCCUCAGUGUCUAUGCACAAGUCCGUGCCCAGCUCUGUGCCCUGCAGCUGGGCCCUCUGCCUUUGCCUUUGCGGGUUGGCACAGUGGCAGGCAUGGUCAGUGGAGGGCACUGGGCUGGGCUGGGGGGGGCACUGCAGGAGGACGGGGCUGCUGCUCCAGGGCCCAGGGUCCUUUCUUCGUGGGCUGUGAUAUGCCGGCCAGCAGCACGGGGUGCUCUGUGGCACCCCAGCAGGAGGCGUCCUGGCACGUGCCCCGGUACCACGUCCAGCUCCCAGGGAGUGUGUCUCCUGGUGCCCCAGUGAGUUGCUGGAACCCUGGCAGGAGGCUUUCUGCUCGCCAGCGCCACCAGCUGGCACAUCACAGCCGCACCCCCUCAGACAAGGUCCAGUCCCCACCCCAAACCCCCAGUGGGAUGCUGCCAUCUCCCCGAGGUCCACAGAUGCCACGCUUCUCCUGGCUUGUUCCCUCUGCAUGAGUCCUGGAGGUGCCGGCUACUCCCAGACCUCAGAUUCCUUUGCUCUUUAAAGUUCUUCACGCUUUACUCAGCAGCCCUCUGUUCCUGUUUAACAAUUCUUUAUAUUAGCGUUUUCCUCCUUAAAUUGUCUGUGACUUCCAUCUCUUGACCGAUACACCUUCUUUUCCCCACUGUACGUAAUGUGUCUUCUUUUCCUGGCUUUUAAAAAGCUUCCUCCUCAUCACUGGUCGUCUGUAAUUUGAUCAUGAUGUGCUUUGGGGGCAUGUGUGUGUUUGUCCUGUUCAGCAUUUGCUGAGUUUCUUAAAUCUGUGGAUUUAUCGUCUUUAUCAAAUUUGGGAGUUUCCAAGUAUUAUUUCUUCAAAUAUCUGUUUCCUUCCCCCUUCUCUCUCUGCCUCCUGCAGACUUCAGUACUUGGAUUUCACGCUGUGUGCUGCGGGCACUAGGGUCAACCAGUCUCAGCAGUUUCUCUUCGGGCCUUUUUCUGCUUCUGCUUCAUUGUGGAUAGAUUCUUUUUUUAAAAUUUAUUCUUGGCUGCGUUGGGUCUUCGUUGCUGCGCACGGGCUUUCUCUAGUGGCGGUGAGCAGGGGCUACUCUUCAUUGCAGUGCACGGGCUUCUCAUUGGGGUGGCUUCUCUGUUGCGGAGCACGGGCUCUAGGCGCACGCGGGCUUCAGUAGUUGUGACUCGUGGGCUCAGUAGUUGUGGUGCACGGGCUCUAGAGCGCAGGCUCAGUAGUUGUGGCGCACGGGCUCUAGAGCGCAGGCUCAGUAGUUGUGGCGCACGGGCUCUAGAGCGCAGGCUCAGUAGUUGUGGCGCACAGGCUUAGUUGCUCCGUCACAUGCGGGAUCUUCCCGGACCAGGGCUCGAACCUGUGUCCCCUGCACUGGCAGGCGGAUUCUUAACCACUGUGCCACCGGGGAAUUCCAUGGAUGGAUUCUAUUUCUCAUCUUCACGUUCCCUGAUCUUUUCUUCUGUGGUGUGUAAGCUGCUGUCAUUCCAAGGCUGAGUAUUUUCUGAACCAGACAUUGUAUUUUUCAUCUCUGUAAUUUCAAUUUUGUUCUUUUAAAAGUAGCUUUCAUUUUUCUCAUCAUACUCAUUAAAAACUGUCCUUGAGCACACGGCGCAUACUUAAAAUGGUGGUUUUCUCUUACGUCGACUCCACCUUCCCCGUCGUUUCUGGCCUGUUUCUGCUGACUGGUCUACCUUCUGCUUAUGCACCUCUUUUCCUGCUGUGUGUCAGGAGGUUUUCUGUUGGGUGCCUGAUAUGGUGACACUGUCACGGUUGAGCGCUCAGCUCUAUUACCUUCCUUUAGAGAACGUUUCGCUCCUCCGGGCAGGCUGUUAAGCUCCUGGGGAUGAAGUCGAUCCUUCUGGGGUCUGUUCUGGAGCUCACGGGGGCAGGUUGGAGCAGCCUUUAGAGGGACAGUGUGCUCUGCUUUCUGAGGCCGGCCCACCUGGCAUCCCUGGGGAGCACCUGUAUGUUCGUGAAGUCUCCCCGUGCUGGGCUGGCCGGAGGGGCCUCGGGUGACCUCUGGUCUGGGAAUUGUCCUGUCCUCAGAAGUGCUUGUGUGAGCCUUGUGGGGUUUCACCACACGUGAGCAGGGUGGUGUUGAAGCAGAGACCCAAGGGGACCCGGGCAGCCCCCUCUUCUCAGGCACCCUGUCCCAGACUCAGCUGCCCUGCCUCCGAAUUCCCUUCCACCUGGACCUGCCCCCACUGUGCUGCGGCCAAACGAUCACUUGAGGCAAAGAGUCCUCAGGCCCGUGUCGCCGGGUUUCCAGUUGGCCCUGGGGGGCGGGGUGUGUGUCUGGGCCCGCCGUGUUCGCCAUGGUCUGCGGUUGAGUCACAUUUGUCCUGUGACGAGUGAGGCCUGGCCCCUCGUCUCUGAGCUGCCUGUGACCGUCCUCAGCCCAGGUGCUUGGCAGGGUUUCCUGGGGGGAGGGGGCGCUGAUCUGAAGGGCAUCUUCCUAGCCUUUCCUCUGUUAUGUGAAUUGCGCAUCUUUCCCAGUUUGGCUUCUGGCUUUGUUUUAGAUAUUUUCUUUUUAAUAUGGCCUUUUCUGGUAGUCGGAUUCAUCCAUCUUCUUAUGAUUUUUGGGUAUCACACUGUAUUGGGGAAGGUUUUCUCCACCCUGCAUACCUUUGAAACAGCUGGUUUAGGAAGCGGGGUGGGGGGGGCAGAAGUGUGCGACCAAAGACAGGACAAGCCCGCCUGACGUGGGGGAGGAGCGUGUGGGAAGACUGUGAUUUCCGUGUCAAAAGCCAUUUGUUUUUCCCCCCAAGCCUGGCUUUUUACCCGUGAAAUGGAGGCAGAGUGGUGCUAAGAUUCACAGUGGGAUUUGCCAAUUUUUGAAGCAGAAAAUCACCAGCCUGACAUUUGAUGUUAUGUUUUGCUGGUUCCAAUUCCGUGACAAAGAAAUGAAAGAAAAUAAAAAAGCUGUGCUCAUGGC